AUGGGUAUCGAGGAUCAGUCUAUCCACUACGGUGGCGCGCACUACGCGAAUGACUACGCGACGAAAGCCUUCAGGACACCAUCAACAUCAGCUCUCCAGUCUUCCAAGAAGCGCAAGAGCGUUGGUCAGGAUGACUCCGUCAUUGACUUGACCCAAGACAGUCCACCUAGAAAGCGCAGAACCAAGAGGGCUGACAGCCUGGACGACGGGGGCGAGAAGCCUGCGAAGAAGUCCAGGAAGCCGAAAGACGAAGAGAAACGUUUGAGACGAUGGCGAAAACACGCGCCAUCCUCUCACCUCGAGGUACGCAAUCGCGCUUUGACCCAACGCAUGUUUGCACUCGACCGUCGAAGGGAGAACUCAAACUGCGAACAUCCAACAGAGACUAUAUCGCUAGCCGGCACGACUGGAAACAUCUACACUAUUGUGGUUGACAAAGUGCCGUCGUGCGACUGCCCGCAUGCCAGGAAAGGCAACCAAUGCAAGCACAUCGCAGUCCUUCGUGUGCCAGCCACGUUGGAGUAUCAACUUGCCUUCAUAUCCUCGGAGCUGCGUGAGAUCUUCGAAAAAGCACCACCACUUCCAUCCGAGACAGCGGACAAGGAUGCCGAGAAGGAUGGCAAACGCAAGCCGAUCGAAGGCGAAUGUCCGAUCUGUUGCGUCGAUUUUGAACCAGAGAGUGGCGAAGCAAUAGUGUAUUGCAAAGCUGCUUGUGGUAACAAUAUCCACGCCGUUUGUUUUAAGCAGUGGGCGGCGACUAAGACGGGAAGAAGCGCUGUCACUUGUCCGUUCUGUCGGACAGCAUGGGAGGGUGAGGGAGGUGAGGGUGCAGCCAAAAAUGUCGCGCGCGAUGGUCCGAAGAACAGAGAUGGCUAUGUCAACGUUGCUUCGCAGUUGGGUUUAUCGGGGAGGCGGGACUACAGCACCUAUCACUCCUACUGGGUACGGCGGCAGGCUAUGAAUGGAGAGAUCGAGUGGGAUGAGAACGGCGUGAUGAUGCAUGACUACUAA